GGAACCCUCUGUUUCCGUCUUUAUCUCUUCUUUAUUUUUUUCUCUCUCUUUUCAGUGAGAGAAGAAAUCUCUUCUCCGUCCAAAUCUGGGUGUAUCUUCGAUGUGUAGUGCAGAAGAACGAGGGCAUGAUUUCUCGUUUGUUCUAGAAUCGAUUCUCCAGCAGUGAGUCUAGGCUUUUGAUUUUUGUUUCUCCUUCUCAUUGUCGUUGAUCGAUAUGAAGGACGACGAUGUCCUUCCGACGACGAUAGCGAGUGCCGGGAGGAAAGAGAGCUCGGUUUCGAGUUUAUUCGGCAAAUGCCGUUACAAGUUCUGGGCAUUGGCUGCCAUUUUGUUGCUCGCAUUUUGGUCCAUGUUCACCGGUACUGUCUCUCUUCGAUGGUCCGCUGGUAAUCUCAACGGCCUGUCUGAUAAUAUCGAUUUUAACAUCCAUGACGAUCUCGAUGUGCUUGAGAUGGAGGAAAGGGAGAAGACAGUGAAGCACAUGUGGGACGUUUACACAAAUAAUCACCGUAUCAGGUUACCGCGUUUCUGGCUAGAGGCAUUCGAGGCUGCGUACGAGGACCUAACCAGUGAAGUGCCUGGUGAUAGAGAGGCUGCUAUCUCCGAGAUCGCCCGGAUGUCCGUGCGCUCCAUUGUUAUUGAUACGCCUUCAGAGAAAUCAACGAGUGCACGAGAAUUCGCAAAGAUGCAAAGAAAAGCAGAUAAAAGCAGGGAGACCAGCUACCAAAACUGGGAGUAAGCUGUGAGAUGGAUGAUGUUCAUGAUGAUCUAAGGUUCGAGACCUCUCUAUUCUGCCCUUUCAGCCACUAGAUUGCUGUCUGAAGUUUGUUAGGAGGCAGUGAUUGGCAAAUCUAUAUUCUUUAAAAUUUGAUUCUUCCCCUUUGCUUUAGUAUUGCAAGAUGGGUCAAACAGCGUUUUUGCCUAGAAUGUUAUAGUGUUAAUGUUAUUUAUAAAGAUGAAAGAUCAAUUUUGUUCAAAAUUAUACUUCCAAACCCAUCACUUGCAUA